UGGGCAUCGCAGUAUCCCCGCAUCCAUCUAUACCACCAUGUCGGUGGAGCAGUGCGAGCAGCUGCACAAGGACUACACGGCCUGCCUCAGCAAGAGCGGACGAGAUCCAUCCAAGUGCCGGGAGCUGGAGACGAAGGUCCGCACCUGCAGCAGAACGUGAGCAGAGAAACAACGGCUGUUGAACAAACCAGCUUUGCCCACCCUUGACUGCCUGUGUUGUCUGUCUGUCUGUCUGUCUGGUGCAGUUUGGGUUUGAAUUUCUGCAUCGAUGAGGGUCUGAAUCUGCUGUUCUGCGCCGCCCGUCCCGGCCCCGAUGUGUGUGCCAAGGAGUUCAUCCUUAUGCGCGAGUGCAACAGACCUGGCGGGCCUGAGAUCCUCCUUCAGGUACCUGCCACACACACAUGUGGUGCAGGAGGGCAGCCAGGAGAGUCUGAUGGUACUGUGUGUGUUGCUCUGUCUGUCUGUCAGGGUGACUCGAUGGUUGUGUCGAAGGACAAGCAGCCCUACUACGUGUCGAGUGAUCUGGGCAGCAUUUCGCCGCCGCCCCGGCUGAACGUCAAGGGCAUGCAGGACAAGUGCGACGAGAUACGGCAGUCCAUCGGCCUCCCGAAAGAGGCUGAGGCUUUCAGGCCAAAGCUGCGGUGAUACUGAGCGAUUUCCUAC